GGCGGAAUGUAAAUAGUGGUACACUUCCGGCAAGACACGUGUGGUUUUGCACUGCUUCUCUGGUACAUGCAAGGAAAUCAUUUCAUUCGGAAGGUGGCUGGGAUGAUCGAAGUACUGUAACUUGACAUCUCUGUCUUGCACUCGCUUGCUAUAAGACGUUGUUCAGAAUGGUUUUCUUCACUUGUAAUGCGUGUGGAGAAUCUCUAAAGAAAAACCAAGUAGAAAAACAUCUAAACAGUUGCAGGAAUUGCCGGUGCUUGUCCUGUAUUGACUGUGGUAAAGACUUCUGGGGGGAUGAUUACAAAAACCAUCUAAAGUGCAUCAGUGAAGAUCAGAAGUAUGGUGGAAAGGGCUAUGCAGCCAAGUCUAAUAAAGGGGAUGUGAAACAGCAACAGUGGAUUCAGAAAAUCCACGAAGCAAUGAAUAAACCAGGUAUCGCUCCAAAAGUAUGUGGCAUACUGAAGGAAGUCAGCUUGUAUGACAAUGUGCCAAGGAAAAAAGCCAAGUUUCAGAACUGGAUGAAGAAUAGUCUAAAGGUCUUCAAUACAGCUUUGCAUGACCAGGUGUGGGAAAUCUUUUCUGCAGCAACCAGUAAUGCCCCUAGCAGCCAACAACCAAGCCAGUCCGAACUGCAGCCUAGCACAGGGGGGCAGCCGGAAGGUGAUCACAGUAAGGCAGACACUCCAGUGACAGAAAAUGAAACCUCUGCAAAAGAAAAAAAAAAGAACAAGCGAGAACGCAAAGAGGAAAGACAAAAGAAGAGCAAGAAAGAGAAAAAGCAAUUAAAACUGGAAAGCCAAGAGGAAGAUGGAGAAAAUAGUAAGACCAAGAAACACAAAGAUGACCAUGGAGACAUGGAGGAGGAGGCUGAAAACGGCGAAAGAAAGAAAAAGAAGAAAAACAAAAAGAAAGCUGCUUCUGUUGAGGUCAUGAGAGAAAACGGAACAGGAAACGACAAUCGGCACGAAGCGAUGACGAGCAGCAAGAAGCGCAAACAUGAAAGUUCUGAAGAUAAUCCAAAGUCAAAACAUAUCAAGGUGGAAAUUGCUGAAGAAGCAGAAUGUGACAGCGAAGACAAAGGUAAAUUCAGUUGGAAAGGAACCAUACAAGCGGUCUUAAAACAGUCCCCAGAAGGUGAAAUUUCAGUAAAAAAACUCAGAAAGAAGGUCCUGGCUGAGUAUUACUCUGUGAAUGGAGAAGACAACCACAAGUCUGAAGAAAAACUACUUUCACUGUUCAACAAGAAAAUUAGCAGCAAUCCUAAGUUUAGAGUUUUGAAAGACAAAGUGAAACUUGUGAAGUAAUCGCAUGAGUAUUCACCAUUUUGCUAGAUCACCGAAAGAACUUCACUUGAUGUUUUCCAUCUCAUUUCCUAGUUUGCUGUUUUAGUUUUAUAACUGAAUGAAAAUUUGGAAAUGUGUAGGUAAAAUAAUCCUCUGCAGCUACUGUGUAGGUCUUGUUUAAAAUACAUUUUGUUGUUCUCUUUUUUCAAGUGUUUUUAAUUUAAUGUUUCUAAACUGAAAUGUCAUGCAUUGAUUUAAACGCUUUUGUUGCCAGAUUUCAUGAUUUUGAAAUACAAUGUGCAGUUCCCUUUAGAAAUCUAAACAGAUAGUUAUUGUAUUCUAACCAGUCUCUGCUUUGGCAGGUAGAGUGAGCUGCAACACCAUCUUCCAUAAAAAUACUGCCCUCUUUAGAGAUGACAAUUAGCAGAGACUGUCAAUAGUCCCUCUUAGAGAAUGUUGAUGUGUCGGGCAGAAGUUCUAGUAUUCUUAUGUACGAUGGUGUUCCAGUUGAUGCCGCCCAUGCAAAGAUGGAAAGAAAGUCGGGGCAUCACAACUCUGCCAGGGCAUGGUCAAUUACUGGACAUGAACCAUUGUAUUCAUUUAGGCUAUCCUUAACCCAGUAAACCCAUUUCCUGGGACUGCAGUUUCUGUGUCAGAUAUGGGCUGCAGUCCCACAGAUCUCAUUACUUAAGGCAAAGGGCUGUACCACAAAGUAUUGCUCCCACCUGCCUUUUGCUAGUGCUAAGUAAGGCUCCAGAAUAAACUUUUUUUUUUUUUUUUUUUUUUUAAACUUCUGUUUACUUUACUUUAUUAAGUUUCCACAUUUUUGUAGCCUACAGUCAGCUAUGUUAUGGUGUAUUAAACAAGUCAGUGCUGCCUUUGUUAAACCCAUAGUGUCUUGCAUUAAGUUCUUCGUUGCACCUGAAAAUUGUCAUUGCAACGGGGAUGUUGCCUGCAUGGGUCGUCACUGACUAAUGAGUCACACAGAACAGUAGGCAUUGACACGCUUCGCAAGUGUGCAGAUUUAAUACAACACAGGUGUGACGCUAGGGUACCAACAGUGGUAAUCCUAAUGCAUGAUUUAUCAAAGCUAAAAAUAAGAGUUUACCACACAAGAUGAGCGCUAGCCUCAUUAAAAGAGACAUCCCGCUCCAGGAAUCUACUCGACAAAACCCUCUCUAUCCUUAUUCAAAUCCCCUACUGACCUAGGUAUCUCGCUUCCGGAGUCCAGGCGGCCUCCUGACUCUUUUCAAGGGCCCUGGCUGGGCAAAGUCUUCAUGGGGCCAUCUGGGAAUGGAAGAGUUUUGUGUAAUCCUUUUCUCUGGAGUGGAGGCUCUCCUCUUAUAUGUACAUAAAGCAAGCUUUUUGCUCUGCACCCGUCUGCAGCCAUGGCAUAGCAGUCGCCUCGGAACUCUGCCGCUGUUGUGUUCUCAAGCAGCAAUAGGCUCCCUGGGCACGCCCUCCAGCCAAUCAGGACCUCCUGAUCAUCUCAGUCCCGACAAGCCCGACAGUCAUCCCUGUCACAAUCAGCAAGUUUAUUUUUUACCAUUGGUUAUAUGGUAUUACCUGCAGGAGCAUGCCUGCAGAAAUACCACACGUUCAGGGAGGAGAAUCGCACUGAACUAAGAAGUGAGCAGGUGAUGAAAAUCUGCGUUUACCGCACGAAACCUGCGUUACUAAAGAUAGAGGGGAAAAUCCUGACCCUAAUGUCCAGCAUAAAAAUGUAAUUGCAUUGGACAUUCUUUUGUUAAAAAAAAAAAAAAAAAAUGAAUAGAUGAUUUCAAUACCCUGCUGUCUCCUGUGUCAAGUUAACUGGGACUUUAAAGAACAAUGUCCCCAUUAAAUAGUUAUUUUUA